AUGGAGUCUGGCGACCUCAGCGGCAUCGCCAAGCGUGCUGAGGCCAAUGCUGCUCUCAUCGGCAGUGCCAACGCCAAGCGUGCCUACAAGGGUGACACGGGUGCUUACGCCUUCCAGGCCCCUGUUCAGGGCCGCGACUACCGUGGUCCUUGUCCCGGUCUCAACGCAAUGGCCAACCACGGCUACAUCCCUCGCAACGGUAUCGCCACCUACGGCCAGCUUGUUCAGGGACAAAAGGACCUGUACAAUGUGGCUGAUGACCUUGCCAACCUCCUGUGCACAGUCGCUGUGCCACUCGACGGUGACAUCUUGACCUUGCGUCUCUCCAUUGGCGGUGCCGCCCCCGAGCUCAACACGCUCGGUGGUCUCCUUGGCAAGCCCACUGGUCUCAACACCCACAACACAUUCGAGGGUGACACAUCGUUGACUCGUAACGACUACUUCCUCGGUGGUGGUGACAACUACUCCUUCAACGGCACCUUGUUCGGCCAGAUGGUUGACACCUGUAACGAGGUGUCUGGUGGUCUCUUUGACUUCAAGUGUAUGGCUGCCUACCGCAAGAAGCGAUACGACGCUUCCAAGGCCACAAACCCCAACUUCUACUUUGGCCCUCUUGCACUCCUUCUCUUUGGAGCUGCCUCGUUCCUUUACGAAUUGAUGCCUUCCGCAAACGGACAGCCUGAUCUUUCAACGAUGCAGGCUUUCUUCGGUGCUUCUCAGCGCGCUGACGGCACAUGGUACUUCAACAACCAAGAGCGCAUCCCUGCAGGUGGAUGGACUCCUCGUACUACCACGUACGACGGCCAGAAGGUCGUGACACAGAUUCUUGCCAUGUACCUCGCCAACCCUGUUCUCUUUGGUGGAAAUGCCGGAAGCGUCAACAACUUCCUUGGACUGAACAUCCCUGGCUACUUCAGCGGCGGUCAGCUUCUCAAUACCCCUGGUGGCGUGACAUGCCUCUUGUACAACGUUCUCAGCGGCUUUGUUCCUACUGGCAUCAACCAAGGUCUUCAAUUGACUGGUGCUGCGUUGACCUUUGUCACCGGCAACAUUCUCAAGCUUCCAUCGGGUGGUGGUCUCGCCAACUGCUUGCCCGCCAGGCCGGCCACCUACACAUCGCCUCCUGCUGAGCAGGCUUAA